AUGGAGCAACUGAAGGAAAAGAUCCGUGGUACCGAGAGUGAAAUCCUGCAAAUGGAAACACGUUUGGAUGAAUUGAGAAGACUUCAGGGGCAAAUUAACACCAAGGCAACGGAGAGAAGUACAUUAUUUACGCUUCAGCAGCAACAGUAUGCUGCACUUUCUGAGGAAAAUGAAGAUACUGAUGAGGAACUAAUGGAAUGGCAAACAAAAUUUGAAGAAAGGAUUGCAUUACUAGAAACAAAAAUCAGUAAAUUUGGAAGAGAUAUGGAAGAUGAAGCAUCAAAUAGCUCCCGUCUGUCCAAACAAUAUUCUGAAUUAACACAUGAAAUAGGAAAGCUCCAGGCAGAAGCUGAUGCUCACCAGAAUAUGAAGGAUGAACGAGAUAUGGACAUAAAAAAUAUAUUCACUAAACAUAAUCUUGGGCCGGUUCCUGAAUCUCCCUUUACGAAUGAUGUUGCUAUGGACCUUACAAACAGGAUUAAAGUGAGACUCUCAAAUCUUGAGAAUGAUUUGCAGGAGAAGAAGAAAUCCAAUGAAGAUCAGUUAGAUGUUUUGUGGAAACGCUAUCUUAAAAUAAAUGCUCGGUACUCUGAAGUUGAUGGUCAGAUACAAUCUAAGACCGAAUCCAUGCAAAUUGAAGUUGAGAGGAAGACACUUGCCCUCGGAGAAAGAGACUAUGAUUCAAUUAUAAAUCAGAAACGAACAGAAAUGUUUAGUUUGGAUCAGAAAAUAAAAGUACUUCAGCGGGAGAAAGAUACAAUAAAUAGAAAUGCUGAUGAAAGAGUAAAACUGGGUUUGAAGAAGGAUGCAUUGGAAAGCAGCAAAGUUAAUGAGCAUAAGGACAAAAUCAGAAGGGUUCUUAGGGGGAGGCUUCCUUCUGAGAAGGAUAUGAAGAAGGAGAUCAAUCAAGCCUUUUGGGACACAUUGAGUAUCGAAGUGGAUGAUCUUAGGGAUCAGCAUAGAAUUAUAAAUGAAGAUCUGUCAAGUGCUCAGGUGAGAUGGCACACUGCUCGGGAAGUGAAGGUGAAAGCUUCAAACAUAUUGGAAAGAUUCCAAAAAUCUGAAGAUGAAUUGGUGCUUCUAGCUGAGGAAAAAGAACAGCUGAUCGUAGAAAAGAAGCUUUUAGAAGAGUCUCUUGAUCCAUUGUCCAAAGAGAGAGAGAGCUUGUUGCAAGAGUAUAAUGCUUUGAAGCAAAGGUUCGAUGAAGAGUAUCAUCAGCUGGCAGAAAGAAAAAGGGACUUCCAGCAAGAACUUGAUGCACUUGGAAGACUCAAUAUGAAGAUCAAAGGGUACUUGGAUUCCAAGAAAAUCAAAAGGCUUAAGGAAUUGCAGGGAAAGCAUGCUCUUUGCUAUUCUCAGUUGCAGAACUGCAAGGCAAAACACAAAGACAUAUUAGCUGAGUUAAAUAAGAGCAAAGAACUACUGCAGGGCCAGGGCCAGUUGAAAAGAAACAUUGAUGACAAUCUCAACUACAGGAAAACAAAGGCUGAAGUGGAACGACUUACUCGUGAUAUAGAAUCACUUGAAGAGAGGGUGCUUUCAAUAGGUAGCUCGUCUGCUAUAGAAGCUGAUCUGAAGCGUCAUUCUCAAGAAAAAGAGAGGCUUAAUUCAGAGGUAUUGUUUAUUCAAAGUAGCAAUUAA